AUGAGGAUCAAGGCGUCUGCAUCAUGGGAGGAUGGAAAGUCAUCCCUUGCAGCUAGCAGGAAGGCAAUGGCCACAAAUGGUCAAAUCUGCAGAAAUGUAGAGGGGAUCAUCAAGAACCACCAACGUUAUCCUGAAGACUUCGCUACGAAUGGACAGACUUGCAGAGAAGGGAUAAUCAAGAGCUACCAACAAUAUCCAGAAGAUUUUGGAUCUUCUGCAAGCGGUACCAGACAGAGUAAAUUGGAUUCCUCAAUGUUGUCAAACAACGCCAUCCUGCAGAACUACUACACCAAGAAAAUCAACAACAACAAUCCGGUAAGGUCACAUGUUGACAAUCACCAACAUCCAUCUUCAUCGAGAACCUUCCAACCUUCAUUCUCGUUUGAAACUGAUGAGUACCUCAUCAUCCAGCAACAUCACACUGAGGUCUCUCAUAAUAUGGAAGAAGAAACUAGUGAUAAGUACAUGUUUAUUGAUAGUAGAUUUACCCAUAAAAGCAGCAGCAACAACAACAGACCAAGUAAUUUUAAGGAACCUAGUAUUAAGAGCACCAUUAAGAACAUCACAUCGAGUAGAAGUAGCCAUGUAGAUGUCACUGAUAAUAAUCACUUUGAUAGUAGGUUAAGCAAUGGGAGGUCUUCAUCGAAUAGGGUACGGGAUAGUUACAAUAACUACUACAGGUGUCAACCAUCAACAAUUGAUGAGUAUAAAACUAAAACUGAGUAUCUCUUGAGUAAGAAUAAGCAAAGGGUUGAUCAAAAAAUAAAGGAUAAAUUGAUGGCUGGGACUGGUUCAUGGACUAGGGAUAAAUCUUCCAAGAUGGAAUACAAUGCUGUUUCAAGGUAUUCUUCAAGUAAUGUAGAUGGUAGAGCAAUUUCUGAGAAUGGCAACAACUACCAAAGGUAUUCUUUAAGUAAUAUGGAUAGUAGAACAGCUUCUGAUAGUGUUUCAAGGUAUCCUUCAAGCAGUUCAGAUGGGAGACGGCUUUCUGAAAAUGAUUCCAACUACCACAGGUAUGGUUUGGAUAAUAUCAACCAAAACAUCGACAAUUCCCUUGAUAGUCUUGAUGAUAAUUCAUCAGUGUUCAGCAACACAACCAACAACAAUAUCGAGUCAUACAAGUCAGCGCCAUCUAAAUCCAGUACAGGGUAUAGUAGUUACUCAGCAGGAUACAGCCAUCAGAAGAAGAGGAGCUUGGAUUUGGAGUCAACCUACUCAGACUCCAGUACACAUUCCAACAACAGCAGCCAUUUGAACUCAGAUACAAACAGCUGUCGUAGCAGGUAUCAGUUGUUGUCAAUGACGUCAUCACUGGAUGACCGAUGCUACCAGAAUGGAGGAGUUGAUUAUAGGGUUGGGAAUGGAUUUGACAGCAACAACAACAGUGAUAAGAAUAGGGAUGUGGACUCUUUGAAGCUGUCCGAUGAUGACGAUGAUGAUGAUUUCAGAGAUGCUAGGGACACAGAAAGACAAAAUGGCGGCGCAACAUCUGUGGUGCCUGUUCCUUCGUCAACGAGGCCUUUGGGUUUGGCGCAGCAGAUUCCGAGGGCGAGAACCUAUUAUGAGACAAUUUUGUCGGCUCAGUAUUCAUCGUCGGUAGUUCCAUCUCGAACCGGUAGACAGCGCUAUCGUAGCAUCAAGAAUUUCACAUCCUUGUCAAGGCCGUUGCUCAUUGGUUAG